CAUCCCAAACGGAAGGUGGUUGUUGUCGGUGCCGAAGCUUGUGGGAAACUGGGGGUCGGGCCCUGCUGUCGUUGUUUGUCGCCGCGGCCCCGCUUCCGGGCUAGGCAGUUCCUGCCCGCCCCCGCCCCGCCUCCCUUGAGACCCCUCCGUCCCGGGCCCGGCUCCCCGCCCCGCUCUUCACUCCCCGCUGCCGCCCCGGCCCGCAGUGCGGCCCCGCCGCCACCAUGUCCCUGCACGGCAAACGGAAGGAGAUCUACAAGUAUGAAGCGCCCUGGACCGUCUACGCCAUGAACUGGAGUGUGCGGCCAGACAAGCGCUUUCGCCUGGCGCUGGGCAGCUUCGUGGAGGAGUACAACAACAAGGUUCAGCUUGUUGGUUUAGAUGAGGAGAGUUCAGAGUUCAUCUGCCGGAAUACCUUUGACCACCCAUACCCAACCACAAAGCUCAUGUGGAUCCCUGACACAAAAGGCGUCUACCCGGAUCUGCUGGCGACCAGCGGCGACUAUCUCCGUGUGUGGAGGGUCGGUGAAACAGAGACCAGGCUGGAAUGUUUGCUGAACAAUAACAAGAACUCUGAUUUCUGUGCUCCCCUGACCUCCUUUGACUGGAAUGAGGUGGAUCCUUAUCUUUUAGGUACCUCAAGCAUUGACACGACUUGCACCAUCUGGGGGCUGGAGACAGGGCAGGUGCUGGGACGAGUGAAUCUUGUGUCUGGCCACGUGAAGACCCAGCUGAUCGCCCAUGACAAAGAGGUCUAUGACAUCGCGUUUAGCCGGGCUGGGGGUGGCAGAGACAUGUUUGCGUCUGUGGGUGCUGAUGGCUCCGUGCGGAUGUUUGACCUCCGUCAUCUGGAACACAGCACCAUCAUUUAUGAAGACCCACAGCAUCACCCAUUGCUGCGCCUCUGCUGGAACAAGCAGGACCCUAACUACCUGGCCACCAUGGCCAUGGAUGGAAUGGAGGUGGUGAUUCUGGACGUCCGAGUUCCUUGCACACCUGUUGCCAGGUUAAACAACCACCGAGCCUGUGUCAACGGCAUUGCCUGGGCGCCGCAUUCAUCCUGCCACAUCUGCACUGCAGCGGAUGACCAUCAGGCUCUCAUCUGGGACAUCCAGCAAAUGCCCCGGGCCAUCGAGGACCCUAUCCUGGCCUACACAGCCGAAGGAGAGAUCAACAAUGUGCAGUGGGCAUCGACCCAGCCCGACUGGAUCGCCAUCUGCUACAACAACUGCCUCGAGAUACUCAGAGUGUAGUGUUGGUGGUGCACGCCACGGGGCAGGGGCUUGUGUUCCCGCCUCUGCCCCACCCCCAAAGUAAGAAGAAACCUGUUUCCGGUGGCCAGUAUGUCUUGUUGCUUUGCACCCACUGUUACCAGAAGCUGCUCUAGGAGUUCCUGGCCAGUCACCCUGUCGCUCUCCGUGCUGGACUCAGUGCUGUGUGGCGCCUCCUCGGCCCAGGGCUGAGUUUUAAGAGUUUCUCUCUUCCUUGCUUCCUUGAUUAAAAGUUUCUAUAUA